AUGUCUCAUCUUGAAGAAUCAAACCGAACAGACAAUGAAGCUCAUGAAAUUCGAUCAUCGGAGACUCAGCCAAGUAAAUCAAGAACGAUGUUACGACUUUUAUUAAUGAUGUUUAUCGAUCUCUUUUUACCACUUCUUCUUUAUUAUAUCCUUUCAAAGUUUUUACCAACUAUUUGGGCACUAGCUUUAGCAGGUGUUCCACCGGCAAUUUCUGUCAUCGUUAAUUUAAUCAUUCGUAAACAAGUUGGCGUCAUAGGAUUAUUAGUUGUACUUGCAUUCAUUAUCGGAAUUAUACUGUCUGUAAUUCAGGGUGAUCCGAGAAUAUUUUUAUUACGAGAAUCAUUUGUCACUGGUGUAUUCGGUUUAGUAUUCAUUAUCACCUUAAUUCCGGUCAAAAUUGGUUCAUUCAAAAUGCGACCAUUAUUAUAUUAUAAUAGUAAAAAUUUAGAAGUGGGAAAUCUUGAAGGUUUAACAGAAGAUGAACCUAUUCCUGAUCGUUAUGAAAGGUAUUGGAGAUCUUAUGCUGGGUUUCGACAAACAUUUAUUAUUCUGACAGCUGUUUGGGGAUUUGGAUUACUUAUUGAAGUUCCAGUUAGAGUUUUUAUUAUUUAUCAUACUGCAACAGUUGACGAUGCAGUUUAUAUUGGGA